AUGAGGGUCAUCCAACAGGCCAAUGUUGAUAACUUUGAUGCUCUCCUGGCCAACCCGUCAGCGAUUACAAAGGACCCAAAUCUCCUGACAAUGACUCGCAAGCGGAAUAAGACAACCCCCAAGGGGACGUUGUCCUAUCCCUCGGCUGUAGCCCAGGAUCUUGUUCAUCAUCUGGUCCACAGCUUUGAGGUGUUCUACGCGGCCAAGGCUGCUGCCAAGGACGACUCAUCCAAGCUCAAGGCUGCCAAGCGGUUGGCAGUUGCAGAAAACAAGGCCCGAGAGAAGCUCCUGUUGGCAGCUGAGAAGGCGGCCGAGAGGAAGCGGCAGGCAGAUGAGAAGCAGGCGGCUUGCAAGCGAGCAGCCAAGAAGGCAAGUCAGAUCUUGUCAACCCCCAAGGGGCAAGGAACUUGGUUGGGUCAGAACCCUGAGGUGCAGGGGCCGGUGGGUUGGCUUGGUCACAAUUAG